UUUUUGUUCCAAUGAGUGGAACGACAUAGAAAUCUUAUUUCCUCUACCGUUUGAUAGAAAAAGAUUAUCUACGUCAUCUUUUACGGGGACUGUAUUUUACCUAGGAGGACUAUAUCCUUCCGCCUACCGCUCUUCUUUUGCGGAAGGAUUCAUUUAAGUUUUGUGUCUGUGAAAAGAAGGCGUUGUUCCGCUACCGGACCAUUUGAUCUCUUUUCUUCAAAUCUUUUGGUGUUUUCUUCGUUGUUCAGCUGUUUUCUUCGGUCGGUGCUCUUAUUUAGAUGGCCAGCUUCCCGGACUGUGUAAAUGAAAAUGAUUUAGACAAGGCGAAGUUCAUCGGUGAACUCCUGGUCCCUGCUGCUCCCUUUGACCAGAAGUCUGGACGUGAGACCUGGACUGUAGCCUUUGCACCAAAUGGUUCCUACUUUGCUUGGUCUCAGGGACAUCGCAUUGUCAGACUCAUUCCUUGGUCUAGCUGUCUCAGGAGCUUUUCUGUGAGCGCUGGUGAAGAAGGUACCAUUCCAACUAGUCCCAGGCAUUUAUCCCGUCAAAACAGCGAUGGAGGCCUUACUGUCGCACUAGCUGAUGAAGCCCGUGAACACACCAUCGACUGUGGGGACAUAGUCUGGGGUCUUGCCUUCGGCUCCUCUGUGCCGGAGAAGCAGAGCCGCUGUGUCAACAUCGAGUGGCACCGGUUCAAGUUUGGCGAAGACCAGUUACUGCUGGCCACAGGCCUGAACAAUGGUCGCAUUAAGAUCUGGGAUGUUUACUCUGGAAAGCUGCUGCUGAAUCUGAUGGACCAUACUGAUGUUGUACGGGACCUGACUUUUGCUCCUGAUGGCAGCCUCAUGUUGGUGUCUGCUUCCAGAGAUAAAACUCUUCGUGUGUGGGACCUGAAAGAUGACGGUAACAUGGUGAAGGUUUUACGGGGACACCAUAACUGGGUUUACUGCAGCUCCUUCUCUCCGGACUCGUCCAUCCUGUGCUCGGUCGGUGCAGGCAAAGCGGUGUUCCUAUGGAACAUGGAUAAGUUCACGCUGAUCCGGAAACUAGAAGGGCACCACAAUGAUGUGGUAUCCUGUGAGUUUUCACCUGAUGGCGCCCUGCUGGCCACAGCCUCGUAUGACACCAGGGUCAUCGUCUGGGACCAUCAGAAGGCUACCAUCCUCUUGGAGCUGGGCCAUCUUUUCCCUCCGCCGUCGCCCAUCUUUGCUGGAGGGGCCAACGACCGCUGGGUCCGCUCUGUGAGUUUCUGCCCUGAUGGCCGCCACAUCGCCAGUAUUACUGAUGACAGGUUGGUCCGUUUCUGGAGUAUUGAGGAACGGGCUCCUCAGGCUGUAGCCUCUUUGUCCAACGGUCUCUGCUGUGCCUUUUCUGCUGAAGGGAAUGUUCUCGCUGCUGGGACCCGCGAUGGAAGCGUCCACUUCUGGGAGUGUCCCCGCAGCGUUGCCAGUCUGCAGCACAUGUGCAGGAUGGCCCUGCGCCGGGUUCUGAGCACCCAACAGGUGGAAGCCCUAGCCAUCCCCACGCCCCUCCAGGACUACCUGACCUACAGAGUCAUUUAAGUCUUUCCA